AUGGCGGCGCCGCCGGGGAUCCUCGAGGUGCGAUGCGCGGGGUGCGGCGAGACCCUGGAGGUGGAGCAUGGCCUCAUGGAGUUCGCCUGCCCCGACUGCGGCAUGGCCCAGUCGCUCCCGCCGGAGCUCAUGCCGCCACGCCCUCGCCGCGCGCUCCCGCUCCCCGGACGAGGCGCCGCCCCCUACGCCGCGCCCACCCCGCCGGCCGCGACCGCUCGAGUCACGUGCGGCGGAUGCGGAUCCGUGCUCAGCGUGCCGCACGGCCCCGGGCGAUUCGCCUGCCCGCUCUGUGGCGUCGAGCUCGCGUCCUUCCCCCUCGCCGCAGUUCCGGUCGUGGUGUCGCCCACAGCCGUCCCAAUCUCCUCCCCCCGGCCAAUGAAUGCCGCAGAGCAGGUGCAGCAGCCUUCGAGUCAAUCAGCUCGUGCAGGAAUGGUUCAAAAGCCCAUUCAUUCAGAGCCGACACAUGGACAACAAUACAAGCAUUUUUCUGGAGAGGAGACCUUCAACUCAUUUCGAGCUGAACCAAGAACACAGAUUGAUGCAGCAAGGACGCUACUAAUUGAGCCUCCUAAUCCUUCAGUCCGUAGGGAUGAGUCACAUACUGAACCUGUCCAAGGAACUCUUGCCAGGCCUGGCAAGAGGACACAAAUUGAUGCAGCAAGGACACUACAAAAUGAGCUUCCUAAUGCUUCAAUCCACAGGGAGGAGUCACAUACUGAACCUGUCCAAGGAAAUAUUGCCAGGUCUGGCAAGAGGACAUAUAGAUUUGUAUUUGGUCCAAAAUCGUGGCAAGAAGGAAAUGUCCAGAAAGAGCAGCCUAACCAGGUUGUCCAUGCAUCACAUGCUCAAGUUAUGCCCACAGAGUCUUCAGUUCAUACAAACCAGGCAGUAGGAAGGUUUCCUGAUGACCCAAUUCCGAUUCACAGCAAGCAGAUAACUGAACAUGUGGAUGUCCCUAGUGCUACCGAGCAUGGGCAGAUUCGUUCUCAGCAUCAAGUUGUCCAUGAACAGCAGGCAGGUGAAAAUCCUAUUGACACAGUCCACAUGGAGCAGGAAAAGGUGGACUCUGCUUGCAAGCCAUCAAGCGAAAAUAGGAAGAGCGCCGAAAAUACUAAAGGAAAUCAUAAGAGGAAAAACAGUAAUUUGAUAAAUGUCCACGCAUCACAGGCACAAGUAAUGCCCACUGAGUCUUUGGUUCAUAUAAAUCAGGCAGACGGAGGGUUUCCUGAUGACACAAUUCCAAAGCACGGCAAGCAGAGAACUGAACAUGUGGCUGUCCCUAGUGCUAUCGAGCAUGAGCAGGUACGUUCUCGGCAUCAAGUUGACCAUGAGCAGCAGGAAGGUGAAAAUCCUAGUGACGGAGUCCACAUGGAGCAGGAAAAGGUGGACUCUGUCUGCAAGCCAUCAAACAAAAAUAUAAAGAGCACCGAAAAUACUAAAGGAAAUCGUAAGAGGAAAAACAAGAAUUUGAUGAAUUCUUCUAAUGAGCGGCCUCAGCUUAGGCGCAGUAAACGCCUGUCAAAGGGAUCAUCACCAGACCUUAUUGAUGUUGAGCCUAUCCAGAAGUUAGAUGCUUCCCCCCAUCAAAAUCAUUCAGAAGCUCCACAGAUUGAGAGUAGCAUAGCUGAUCAAACACUCUCUCCAGAGACUGGGUGGGCACUUCCUAAUCCUGGUUCUAGUUCAUCUCAUGAGCAUGAGAUUCCCCAAAAAAGCUUUAAUGGGAUUGACCAGCUUGAUGGAAGUGAUGAGGAAGUACAUUCAAGUCCAUCAGAUGGUCAAAAUCAGUAUAUGGAUGGACAAGUGGCAGAAGCAGCUUGCAGUGGCAAGAACCACUCGGAGCAGGUUCGACUCAAGCCUCACAGCAAGAAUUUUGCAGAGCAUGGCAGGCCGAUAAACUUGGCUGCUUCAUGCAGCCGCCUUGCUGCCUUGUUGCCUGUUCCAGCUUCCGCUACUUUGCCCACUAUUUCCUCGCUUUCUUCACCUGAAAAGCUACCACCUCAGUGCAGCAGUCCAAUAACACCGCAUAACCAACCACGAGCAGUUAUAUAUUCCCAGGAUGCACAGUGUGAUGAUAUGCUAUCAGGAUCUCUUAGCAAGUCAUCGAAAAAGCGCAAGGGGCGUGGCCCUUCAUUGCUAGUGGAACCACGCGAAGAAGCUGAUAGGCCUGUGUUGACGCCCAGUGGUACAGACAACUGGAGUGUCCACCCGCCGUUUCCUAAGAAGGUAGCAACUACCAUCUCCCUUCUUAUCAAGCAGAACUAUCCUGGGACCUGUAUUUCAGUGGAUGACGAGGGAAGAUCCUGUGAGGUUGUGGUUCACUAUUGGCACCAAUGCCCUCCAGAUGUAAGGGCUACCGUGUUGGAUGAAUUCCUUAAACGCUACAAGUGGGCCCCUGGCCACGAAGAGGAGUGCCAGAAGAUCUUUGAGCGCAAAGCAGUUAGACAGUUAGUUAACCUCUUUUGCUAUGAGAAGCAAAGGGUUAGAGAGGAGUUGGCAGCAAAGAAGUUCAAAGGAUCUACGGUGGUUGGUAGGGCCAAUGGAGAAUUAGAAAAGGGAGACGAUAGAGAAGAUUCAGAGGAACGACAGGGAGAUGGGUCCGUUGUGUCGAUUGACCAUGAUGAUCCACUGAAUUGGAAACCGUUUGUCCCUGAUUGGAUGCAACCAUCAUGGUGGGAAAUGUUGUGUGACCAUUGGGCCCAAGACGAAUUUAUGAAGGUUUCUUACCAAAAGAGAAAGAAUCGGAAUGCAGGAGGCCACCCCUCUGCUGCUGCAGGCUCACAAAUCAUAGCAAUGCACCAGCACCCUAAGGAUACCACAUCCUGGCAUGCUGAGGAGGCCAGAGAUCCUCUGCUAGGCCCCCAUCCUGUGCAAGAGCAGGUGGGUAGCUCGAAGCGUGGGAGGUACCAAGGUACUCCUGUUGCCAGCAAGAAGGCCCAGACUGAUUCAUCGUCAAAAUCCUCCCCAGAUUUCUUGAGCAGACAGGGACAAGAGCCAAGAUUCACACAGGAGCAGGUGCAGCUGAUGAUUAACCAAGCUCUACAAGGACUGAAUGAAACUUGGGAGAAGAAGUUUCUGUCCUUGGAGCAAAACAUGCGCAGCGUGCCCUCGGCACGUGCUGUUCCUGUCGGUGCUAAGACUAGGUCAGCUGUGGCUGUUGCAAGGGACAAGCGAUGCCAGAUUUCACGGCAGGACACAUUUGAUUCGGCGGAGGGAGAGGAAGAUCCAGACGACGGCGAGGAGCAGGAUGAUGUGCGUUGGAGUUAG